UUGGCGCGAAUGGCACGGGAGGUCAGUGCACGUCACGUAGUUGUUGCUCGCGAAGUCGAAGAAUCCAUCGGUGACUUGGGUCGUUCGCGGUGAGUCGUGGUGCCGUAAGUGCAGCGGCCGUGAGGAUACGCGAGGACCAACGUAGGUAUCGACGAACUGCUUCGUCGGCGAGAGACUCCCGAGCGGACCGGGGACAUUUGGUGCGCGGUCACAAGCUUGGUCUGUUCACGUUUGGUUCGCGCUCGACUACGGCCACGUCGGGCAAACGCGCGCGCGCGCGCGCGACUCCGAGGAAUCUACGAUCGAGAGUGGUAGAGAGCGGAAAACAUACGCGCGCAAGAGGAGUCGGGGGUGUGCGAGUAGCUCGAGUAGCAAGCCGUCGUCGCGAAGAAGAGCGAAUCAGCGCUCGAGUGUUGUGCAGGCCGAGAAGAAAAAAAGCCGGAUGAUCGCGCGGUGAAUGUAAUCGCGCUCGUCGUGAUCGUCUUAGUAGCCGGUUCCAGCACCUUUGACUCGACCGCCGCCUACUCUUUCUCUCUUUCUCUCUCUAUCUCUCUAUCUCUCUAUCUCUCUAUCCUAAGAACGUCCCAAGCUCGUCCUCUCUGAUACGGUCACCAUCGCCAUCGCUACCGCCGCCGCCGCCGCCGCCGUCGUUCGACGUCCGCCGCCGCCGCCGCCGCCGCUGACGACGACGACGACGACGACGACGACGACGACGACGACGACACGCGAGGCAGCCGCGCGAGUCGCAGGUUAUGUCAAGCGGAUUGGCAGGCGCUAUCUCAAACCAGCGGAUGAAAGGACAAGCCGGUAAUCAAGUGAGCAAUGGUCCUAAGGAACACCAGCAGCAGCAACAGCAAACGGAGCAUGCCGCUGGCGAGGACACUGGUUUCGAUUCGUGGCGGGGUGGCAACAAUGCUCAGCAUCACUCAAGUUAUCCAAUCGGCACCGGUGAUCCGUAUAGCCAGUACUACGCCGGCACCUCGUUCCCCUAUCAGACGUUUGGCGCCGGCGAUGGCACUUGGUCGAACGGCACCGAUCCGGUCGCCUUUCUCUCCGGUUACGGUGGUCAAAUAAGUCACGAUGCGUACGGCAUGGACGGCAUGUUCUCGGCGUCGGCAGCUGGCGGUGGGUUCAACGCGUUCGGCCAGCCGCCGUUCAAUUACUUCCACGGUAACGGCGACUUUAGUACGUGGGGCACGCCGAGGAGAACCAAGUAUGAGGACUACUAUCAGCCGCCGCGCGGUAACGAAAGCUAUGCUAAUCCGACGGCGAGCGGCACCGGCGGUGAGAUCAAAGCCAUCGAGCAGGGUGUGCAGGGUAUGUCGAUCAGUGGUGGCAGCAGCAGCAGCGAGUUACCACGGCAAGAUCAGCAGCAUCCGCAGCAAACUACGGCGCAGCAGGUCAAACCAGAGCCGAAGGAACCGAGAAAGAUAACGUGGGCGAGCGUGGCGAGCCAGCCGGCGAAACCGGUGCCGCCACUCUCCUCCACGCAAGGAAUGAAAAAGAAAGCGGGGAUGCCGCCGCCGCCUAUCGUACCAGGUAAGCACAACAUGGAUAUCGGGACGUGGGGCGAGGGCAAGUCUUCCGCACCGCCGCCGCCUACGGCGCCUCCACCGCCGCAGGUGCAGCCGCCUAUUCCGCCGCCACAGCCGCCCGUCCAGAGGCAGCAACGACCGCAGCAGCAGCAGCAACAACAGCAGCAGCAGCAGCAGCAGCCGCAGCACCAUCACCACCACCAACACCAUCAUCACCACCAUCACCAACAGCACCAGCACCAGCAACCCCCACAGCCGUGUUGGAACAGGCAGUCGUCCGCGACAGCGGUAGCAACGACGACGACGACGUCAGCCAUUUCGCAGUCACAGUCACAGACGCAAAUCCAUAUGCCGCCGCCGCAGUCGCAGCAGCAUCAGCAUCAGCAUCAGCAUCAGCAUCAGCAUCAGCAUCAGCUUCAACAUCAACAGUCGCAUCAACAGCACCACCAUCAACAACAGCAACAGCAUCAACAGAUACAACAGCAUCAACAACAGCAACAACAACUCAUCCAGAGCAACCCGUCGCAUCCAGUCCUUGACGAACUGAAAGUGAAGAACGACUACAAUCCCGUUGAUUUUGAUCAGACUGCACCUGGCGCGAGGUUUUUCGUCAUCAAGUCCUACUCGGAAGAUGACAUUCAUCGGUCGAUCAAGUAUGAGAUCUGGUGUAGCACGGAGCACGGUAAUAAACGGCUGGAUCAGGCUUACCGGGAAGCGAGUCGCGAGGGCGCGCCUCUUUAUCUUUUCUUCUCGGUCAACGGAUCCGGUCAUUUCUGCGGCAUGGCGCAGAUGGUCUCCCCUGUUGACUAUCAGUGCAACAGUAGUGUCUGGUCUCAGGACAAGUGGAAGGGUCAGUUUCGCGUCCGUUGGAUAUACGUGAAGGAUGUUCCUAAUGUGCAAUUACGACACAUUAAACUCGAGAACAAUGAGAACAAGCCGGUGACCAACUCGCGAGACGCACAAGAGGUUCCGCACGCGAAAGGUGUCACGGUACUGCGUAUUCUGCAUACCUAUCGUCACUCCACGAGCAUCUUCGACGACUUUGGGCAUUACGAGCGCCGGCAGGCCGAGGAGGAUCAGCGCAAGACUCCAAGCAAUACCAUACAGCAUCACCAUUCUUCCUCCAAUCACAGGAAUAGGGGACAUGCUCCGGACAUGUCCAGAGAUCACCAUCAGCACAGUCACCAGUCUCAUCUGCAUCAGCGCAAGGAGCGUGGUGGUCGUGGUGGUAGAGGAAAUUCGCGCCAGUAGCGCUCGAUAUUGCAGAGUAAUGCCGUUAACGAGAGUAAUCGAUGUAAAGGAAGCACGCUACGACUAAUAAUCACGUCCUACCACUUACCUUUGCUUUCCUGGAUUUACGAUGGGCUUCUUCUAAUUUCCUGUGAUUCGUUGGUGGCCUCGGCCGCGAUGUUCUUUCGUUGAAAUAAUGAUUAAUCCGAUAAUCAGAUAACACUAGCAUCGCGUAUCGACAUCGUAAAAUAAUAUGUAAUCGCAACUUUUGAGGAAGAGGAAAAGGAGGAGCAGAAGAAAAGGAUAAUACCCUAGCUUCCGAGAAGGAUGUUUGAUUAAACUCGAUUAUUAAGUAUAUAUAUAGUGUGGUGUUGCGUGCUAUUCAUCGAAAGGUGUUUCUUAAAACGUACAAAUCAUAAAACAGGACAAGAGACAGGAAGAGAGAGGAAGAUGGAGGGAAGGGGGAAGAGAGCGAAAAAAAACGCGAUAUAGAAGAAAAAGAAAAUUAAGAAACUGUAAUAUGUGGACUAAUCCUUGUAAAAUGCUUAAACUUUUGUUGAAAAUGGAAAAAAUCUAUACGAGAACAUUAUAAACAAGUGUCAUUUGGAUUGGUUAGAUAUCGUUUUAAAUACCAAUGAACACAUUCAAUCUGGUGCCUGCAGCUCGACAGAAGGGCCGAAUUCCCCCUUAAUUGUUAAUAAGGUGCAGGGGCUUGUUACAACGUUCUCAGUUGUAUUAUAACCAUCAUGCUUCACAAAAUGAAUUAUACAGAAAAUUAUAUUGACGUUUAUUUUAGCGCGUAUUCUAUAUCUGUAUUGCGAAUAUAUCAUCUAUUAUUAUAUUAUUCGUGGACUACAGAGAAAUGAGUUGAGGAUAAUAUAACGAGAAGUGAAAUAAUACCUAUUACAAUUAAUCUACUGUAAUGUACACGAUGACGAUCAUUAUUAUUGUAUCAUUUGAUGACAUUUCAUGAGAUAUUCCUAUUGUUAAAUGCA